GUGACGUCGCAGGUAAUAUAAAUGGUUAUUGCCUAGUUUACAUUCAGUACUAGUGGUCGAUUGGAGCAGACAUGUCCCUGAGCGGAAUUGAAAGACUCCAGAAAUGGCUCUUCCAUGCAGUUAUGGGGGUGUUCUUCAUGCUGUUUCGGCUUUUGUCACACCGGACGAGUUCCGGUUGUGUGAAGAAGCUGCCGCCUAUCAGCCACCCGCUCGUUAAAGUGUCUGCGACGCAACUCGCCAGAAAGAUCCGACGGAGAGAGGUGUCCAGUGUUGAGGUGGUCCAGGCUUAUAUUGACAGGAUCCAGGAAGUCAACCCUCUCAUCAAUGCUGUUGUCAAAGAAAGGUUUUCCGCCGCACUCCAGGAAGCGGCGCAUGUCGACAAGCUGAUCAAUGAGGAACCAGGAGGAGAGGAGGUUCUGGAGGACCGUUUGCCGUUCCUCGGAGUGCCUCUCUCAGUCAAGGAGUCCUUUGGCCUUCAGGGCAUGCCCUUCACAACGGGCAUCAUUUCCAGGCGUGGAGUCGUGGCCACUGCUGACGCCCCCCCUGUGGCCCUGAUGAAGCGGGCAGGAGCCAUCCCACUGGGUGUGACCAACACCAGCGAGGGGUGCAUGUGGGCUGAGUCGAACAACCACCUGUACGGCAUCACCAGCAACCCGUACAACCUGGAGAGGAUACCAGGAGGCAGCUCAGGUGGAGAGGGUAGCUUGCUGGCUGCGGCAGGUGCAGUCAUUGGGAUGGGCUCGGACAUUGGCGGCAGCAUCCGCAUACCCUGCUUCUUCAAUGGAAUAUUUGGCCAUAAGACCACCCCUGGUGUUGUGUCAAAUGACAACCAGUACCCUCCAGCCACGGGCAGACAUGCCGAGUACUUAAGCAGUGGGCCCAUGUGCCGCUACGCAGAGGACCUGCUGCCCAUGCUGAGAAUCAUGGCGGGACCGAACGCUCACAUGCUGUCCUUGAGUGAGAAGGUGGAGUUGAAGAAGCUGCGGUUCUUCACCAUCCCGGAUGAUGGAGGCUCUAUUCUGACCAGCCCGGUCAGCCAAGAGCUCAAACAGAUCCAGAGGAUGGUGGUGGAACGUCUGGAAGCGGAUCUCGGGGUGACAGUCCAAGAGGUGCACUUCCCAGAGCUCCGACAUGGCUUCCAGAUCUGGGACACCUUCAUGGGGCUUCCUGGCAAAGAUGGCAAGCCUCCUGUUCCCUUCGCUGAGCUGCUGGGAGAGGCGGGCCGCCCAGUGUGGCCUUUGUGGGAGCUCCUGAAACGCAUGAUGGGCAAAUCAGAACACACCGUUGCCGCCAUUGGUCUGACUUUGGUAGAGAAGAUGCACGUGUCCAAACCAUCCACUUCCCUUAUCCAGAUGAAGGAGAAGCUCCAGAAGGAAGUGGAGGAGCUGCUGGGGACUGAUGGAGUGUUUCUUUACCCAUCACACCCCAGAGUGGCCCCCAAACACCACCACUGUCUUUUUAGACCCUUUGACUUCGCCUACACUGGGAUCUUAAAUAUUCUUGGCCUACCCAUCACCCAGUGCCCUUUGGGGCUUAACGAGGAGGGUCUCCCCCUGGGUGUUCAGGUAGUGACGGGGAAGCUGCAGGAUCGUCAGUCCCUGGCCGUGGCACUCUACCUGGAGAAGUCCUUUGGAGGCUGGAGGGAGCCCGGGAGCAACUAGAGCCUCCUCCCACCAGAUGAAUGCCACAAUGGGAUCUUUCAAUUGCUACUAAAAUCUUUGAAAUUAUUUCAUGCUCUUUUCCAACUGCUUCCAAAAUGUGUUUUUGAAAAUAAUCACAUGGGGGGGGGUUGGUUUAUCAAGGUAAACAUUGGUGCUUUAGUUUGUGACUAUUAUUAGUUAGAAAAAAAUGAAAGGGAAAAAAAAUUAAUGAAUUAAUGUUGCAAAGGGAAUGGAAGGCAUGUAUUUUUUAAAGUCUUAGGUGCUGAUAUAUCGACUGUAGUGCCACUUAAUGCUGCAACUCUCCUCAAUCACAUAAUAAAAAUAUCUCA